AUGGGGAAUGGCUUCUUCGCUGGUGAGCUAGGGCCUUCCACUAUUGUUGGCUCCGCAGCCUUCAACUUGUUUUGCAUCGUGGCCGUUUGUGUUGUAGCGGUGCCCGCUGGCGAGCAGCGGCAGAUCAAAGAUUUAGGUGUCUUCUGGGUCACAGCAGGCUUCUCCAUCUUCGCCUACCUCUGGCUGGUCGUUAUUGUACAGGUGAACUCGCCAAACGUCGUGGAGCUCUGGGAGGCGCUGUUGACCCUGGCUUGGCUACCAGUGCUGAUCACGGUCUCCUACCUCACCGACAUCGGCUGGUUCUCGGGAAUCAGGCGACAACCCGUCAUCGAAAAGCCGGUUGCACUGGCUUCCGACGGAAAGGCUCCGCUAGCCACUCUGGCAGAACCUGGGGCUCGAAGCAGGAUGGUAUGGCGGCACGCGCUCAAGAGAAGCAGGGACUAUCCGGAGCUGCCGGAAGAAGGGUCUGAGACAAGUGGAUCCCUCCAGAGUGAUGAGUGCUCCCUUGGCUUCCGCGAUCCGGGUGUGAUCCUGAAUGAGAAGGGCGUUCCAUACGAGAAUGAUGCAGGCAUCAUCACGUUCUUUGAUGACAGCUUCAAUGUGUCCAGUGGCCUGGAAGGACGUUGCAGCGGAUUCAUUGUGACGAGCCUGGCUCGAUGGACAAAUCAUGAGCAACCCUAG